AUGCAAUACAACUGCCACAUUAACGUCGAAGCUUGCUCAAGCAUCAAGGCAGUGAAGUACCUGUUCAAGUACAUCUACAAAGGGCAUGAUCGGACAUCCUUUGCAUUUGAGCAAGAACUCAUCAACGGCGGGGAAAUCAUCAAUGAGAUUUGUCAAUACAGGGACGCCCGCUAUCUAUCUCCUCCAGAGGCUAUUUAUAGGAUUUUCGGUUUUCACAUGUUUGGUGUCAGUCCAUCUGUUCUGCAGCUCCAGCUUCAUUUGCCAAACAUGCAUACCGUCGCCUUCAAAGCCGGUGAAAGCCUAGAAGAUGUCGUCACUCGGCCAACUUCUACCAAAUCCAUGCUUACAGAAUACUUUGAGAUGAAUGUGAAAAAUCAGGAGGGACAAAAAUGGUUGUACAGGGAGUUUCCAGAACACUAUAGGUGGAUUUCCGGCACUAAGAAGUGGCAGAAGAGGAGAAACAAGAGGUAUCAGAUUGGAAGACUUGUGUAUGCGCACCCUGCCGAAGGAGAGAGGUACUACUUGCGAGUGCUCCUCAACGAUGUCCGAGGUGCCACUUCAUUUGACGAUCUGAAAAUAGUAAAUGGCAGGCUGUGCGGUACCUUCAGAGAGGCGUGUGAGCAAUUAGGCCUCAUUGAGCACGACAGGUCACUUGAUGAUUGCAUGACCGAGGCUGCCACAUUUCAAAUGCCGUGUGCUCUUAGGCGGUUGUUUGCCACUAUAUUGGUAUUCUGCGAGGCAAUAGAAAUCCGUCAGUUGUGGGACAAACAUCUGUCAUCGAUGUCUGAAGAUUACCGCCGGACACAACCUAAUGAGGCAGAACUUGAGCAGAUGGUCCUAAGGGACAUAAGAGAUCUGGUGCAAUCCAUGGGAAAGGAUAUCAAGAGCUACGGGCUUCCGGAAAUUGCAGAGACAGAUGGUUCUCCUGAUGUUGAGUUUAGAGAGGUAGCAGAGGAGAGGCAAGUCGGCGUGGACCAAGAACACCUAGAUCUUGAAAGCCGCUUGAACAACGAGCAGUUGGCUGGGUUUAACGACAUCAUGGAUCAUGUGACCAGCCAAAAAAGCCAAGUAUUCUUUGAUGGUCCGGGAGGUACUGGGAAGACAUACUUGUACAAAGCCUUGCUUGCGAAGGUGCGUUCCAUGGGUCUGAUAGCGAUUGCAACUGCUACAUCGGGUAUAGCCGCGUCGAUAAUGCCUGGAGGGCGGAUUGCAUACUCUAGGUUCAAAAUACCAAUCAAGCUCACUGGCUACAACAUGUGUGGUUUCACAAAGCAGAGUGGGACGGCAGACUUGCUUAGACGGGCGAAGUCGCCAUGA